AACCCCAUUUGCGUGGUCUUGCUCCAGAAGGACGGAGGAGGCGCAUCAAGCUUUCAUCAGAUCUCGCCGCCCACCCACACCGGCAGGCAGGCUCCGUCGGCUUCUCCGCACCCGUGAGAACUCUUCGGCCAGUGAAGGUCGCGUCCGAUGAACUCGAGAAGGGACUUCCGUAGCCAUAGAGCUGCUUUAUUUGAUGGCAUUGAAGAAGGUGGGGUGAGAGCUCCAGCUUAUUCUUCUCGUGAAAUUCAUGAGCAUGAGAAUGAUCAAGCUCUGGACAGUUUGCAUGAUAGGGUCAGCGUUCUCAAAAGACUGACUGGCGAUAUACAUGAAGAAGUGGAGAACCAUAACCGGAUGCUGGACAGAAUGGGUAAUGACAUGGAUGCUUCGAGAGGAUUUCUUUCAGGGACGGUGGACAAGUUCAAGAUGGUUUUCGAGACGAAAUCGAGCCGGAGGAUGGCGACCAUGGUGGCAUCCUUCAUUGCUGUCUUCUUGCUCAUAUACUACCUUACAAAGUAGCAGCACGGCUGUCUGGCUAUAAGGUUCGCAGUCGCAGCCCCUGUUGUGUCGCUGCGUGUGAUGAUGUAUAUUGUGUGGUCCUACCUUCGCACUUGAUGACCGGAACGUUGGUUCUCUCAUAAGAAACGGAGCAUUGGUGGAUUUGGGAGUUGUCAGAUACUCAGAUGAUGUUUUUUCAGAUACAAUCAUACAAUACGUGGGUGUACAUCGCUGGAGCCGCCUGGGGGGCUGGUAAAUGAUAUGUAACUGUGAACCGCAAAAGAUAUGCGAUGACUUUAUUACCAUCGUUGUUGCCGCAUUUGUA